AUGCGCGCAAUUUUUUUAAUUAUAUCUGUAAAUGAAUCAAGUGAAUUUAUAGUUCAACCAAAACUUUUUAAUUAUACAGAUCCAAUUGAACCAACUACAACACCAACUACUUCAUCAACCACAACACCAAUACCAACAGUUAGUUCAAUACCAACAAACCCACCACAAAAAUGUCAAGGUAAUUCAGAAUGUUGA